GCUGAAUUUAUAUAUAAAAGCGAAAGUGAAACCACUAAAACUGUUAGUUCUGUUAUACAAAAGAGCUCAGGAAAGCUGGGUAGGAUGAGGGAAGUGUAUAUGAAUGGAGGAAAUAACACAGUAUCACAGGGGUAUGAAUAGAAGAACAGAGCGGAAAGGGGAGGGUGACUCUGGGGAUGAAAAUAAAAAAGAGAAGAAAUUGAGCCGUAAGCAUAGAGUAAGCAAGCGCCCAUGUUACCAGCAGGCCAGACCCACCAUUCCUUUACUGCAGUGAUUAUUCACGUUGCUGAAUGGCCCUGGGGAUGCCCCGGCUCUCCCUUGUCACAUUCUGCAUGUUUGGGAUCUACUGUGCAGGGGCAUCGGAGGAGCCAUGCUAUGGGAACGUCGGGGACAGAGAGGUAUAUGCUCCAUAUGGAAGCUGGGCUCUGUUAAACUGCACCCACAACUGCACUAAAGUUGACUGGGAGACAAGAUUAAUACAGAAGAACAGAACUAAGGGACCUGGCUGGGUUUCUGUUGAAGUUAAAGUUGGAGGUUACGAUAUUUGGAGAGCAUCAGACAUAAGCUGCACUGUUCUAUCAGGCAGAGAAGCAGUUGAUAACUACAUCACAGUAAUCCCUUAUGAGAUUCCCCGUUUGGUGACGUUAGACAUGGAGGACAUGCUGGAAGAAGGGAAAUCAUACAAUGUCACCUGCACCGUACACGGAGUGGCACCUAUUCAGAACCUCAGGGUCACAAUGUUGAGAGGAAAAGAGGAGAUUUACAAUAAAACAUUUAAGGAUGACUCUCGUGUCGGCAACAUUACAGAACCAGUAACCUAUCAAAUCACAGCUGAGAGAAGUGACAACAUGGAGGACUUCUCCUGCCAGGCCACCCUUGCACUGGGCACAGCCAUUGGGAACGUUACAGUACCGUCAGCUAAUGUCCCGGUUAGAACAUUUGGUAACAAUACCUGCGGCAGAGAACAUACUGCGCUCAUAGUACUGAUUGUAUUGAUUGCAGCAGCAGCAGGGAUAGUAGCAGGGAAAAAAGUAUUUCUAUGGAAAAGGAAAGAAAAAUGUGCUUCUGACAAAGGGACACAGGAAAACACACCAGCACUACCCUUCAAUGGAAAACAGGCACAAGAACCAGUUGAAGAUGAAGAAGAAUAUUGAUCCAAAAUCGUGGAAAUUUUCAUAUAAAACCAGGCCUGUACUUAAGUUACAUAUAUAUAUAUAUAUCACACAAGAGACAGAAGGGGGCCAAGGAACAAAUGGUGGUAAAAGUCCUUAACAGUUGUGGUCUGUUGUAAUAAGGCCUUUGUAUGAAUGGGGUAUUUUGGAGAUCCAGGUGAAAUAAUAUAAUACUAAGGGGGUCUCAAGGACAUGAGUUAGGGGCCCCAACAGGUGAUAAAACAAAGUUAAGUUAGGUAAAAUCUUAGGAAUUUAUGGGUCCCUCCAUCUGUUAAAGAUCAUGCUUUAUGCAUACAUUUUACCUCUGAAUUUAUAAUGUUAUUGGUAUGUACUUUGUAUUAUAUGUUUAUGAGAUUAUUUAGCUUUAUAUUGUUAAUCAAUUAUUGAGUAUAUGUUUCUUUAAAUUAUUUCAAUACUGUUGUAAGGUCUGGGAUAUUUAAAGAGAUGUCAUCCAACAGUGACACCUUGUGGUGGUUACACCAAAGGACCUUCUCAUUUAAAGACAAAGGACUAAUUUCUCAUUGGUUCAGUAUCUCAUCAAAGGAAUUCCUCAACUAAAACUGUAUAAAAGACUGCUCCAAAAGUUUCAUUGUAGCUCAGCUCAACUCAUCUUCACUUCUUCUUCCCACCAGGGGCAGGACCUAAUGUUUUUCCUAAUCCAGUACCCAUGGGUAUAUCUGGGCACAGGUAAAUUGAUUGUCUACCUCCAAAGAUCAAACAUGGAGUAAUUUCUCUCUGUUUGCCCUGUUUAGCCCAAGAAAUAGGAGAAUCCAUAGAUUCAUGAUUAAAAAAAUAGGUAAAAAUAUGUUCAGCCCAAACCCUAUUCAUUGUAUCAUGUUGAACAAGGGGGUCACUUGUCUCCCUAGCAGCGGCCGUGUUUGGGGUGCAGCAGUGGGCAGUUGGGACUAUACCUGCCUUCCUUCUGAUGGCAUUGCGCUGUAUAACCAGCAGGGGGUGAGAGACACACAGUGACACCUUUGGGAAGUCUCUGCCUGUGAGCAUUUUGCUUACUCACAAUAAUACAAACUGUCAUAAUUAAAUAUACAAUAAAGCACCGUCUGCUGAUCAA